CUUUGUGCCGGAGAAGAGGGAAUUAGUCGCCGCCAAAACAGGACGAGCAGAAAUGGUGUCUGGUUCAGGGAUAUGCGCGAAGCGCGUUGUGGUCGACGCGCGUCAUCACAUGCUCGGACGCUUGGCUUCGAUCGUGGCUAAGGAGCUCCUCAAUGGCCAGAAGGUUGUGGUCGUUCGGUGCGAAGAGAUCUGUCUCUCCGGCGGACUUGUCCGACAGAAGAUGAAAUACAUGCGUUUCCUCCGCAAGCGCAUGAACACAAAGCCCUCGCACGGUCCGAUCCACUUCCGUGCUCCGUCCAAGAUCUUCUGGCGAACUGUCCGUGGCAUGAUUCCCCACAAGACCAAGCGAGGAGCUGCUGCUCUUGCCCGCUUGAAGGUGUUUGAAGGUGUCCCUCCUCCAUAUGACAAGAUAAAGAGGAUGGUCAUCCCAGACGCUCUCAAGGUCCUGAGGCUUCAAGCUGGCCACAAAUACUGCCUGCUGGGUCACCUUUCCUCUGAGGUUGGGUGGAACCACUAUGACACUAUCAAGGAAUUGGAGAAGAAGAGAAAGGAGAGGUCUCAAGCGGUGUAUGAGAGGAAGAAACAGCUCAACAAGCUCAGGGCCAAGGCCGAGAAGACUGCAGAGGAGAAGCUUGGCGCUCAACUUGAUGUUCUUGCUCCUGUCAAAUACUGAAGCUGUUUUUUUGUUAUCUCCAAUCAGUAGGUAUGUUUUCGCAUGGUUCUUGAAAUUUUCUGUCGGGCCGAUACUAGAUUUUGUAUGCAGACUUUGAAUGGUUUUAUUUAAUUUCUGCUGCGUUUGUAGACCUAAUACUAUAAGCAUGUUAUUGUUCUUUUAAGAAUUAAACCCGAAAAUGAGUCGAAAAGUUGUCCACCGGUUAA